GCCGUCGCGGUCGGGUGUGUUUCUCGGUCCGGUCGCCGCUCCCUCGAAAGUUUUGAAACGCAAGAAAAAAAAAGAUUUGGUGUUUCUUGGCUGCUGCAGUUGAAAAAUUAAUUAUUAAAACAAUUCGCGCGGAGUACGGUUCACGUCGUCGCGUUCGCUUCGCGCUGGGAACCAACAGUGUGCAUUGUUUUUGCUCGCCGGAGGAAGCAAAACAAGGCGCAGAUUUUGCGUUUUUUGUUGUGGGAGGUGGAGGAAGUGUCUGGGUUCGGGAGAAGAGGAAAAUUUUCUGCUAAAGAAAAACACGCAUAAAAAGUGUUCUCACGGAGUGCGAUUCGGGGCGUGUGACCUUUUCGGUGGAAUUGGGCCGGUUCCGGGGGAAACAACGCCCGGAAGUGCUGCUGUCUUGGUAGGGGGAGGAAACGGAGUUCUGUAAACAACAGCCGGAACAGAGCAAAUCUGGCGAGUCUUCCAACAAAAUAGCUUCCGGACGAUGAUGAUGGCGACGACGACCGCGAUGACAAUGAUGAUGAUUUAGAAGCAACACACAACAUCAGAAUCUGUAGCAUCUGUAGAGUAGAGAGAAGUGGAACGGAAUCGAUCCCGUCAAGACUGAACCUUUGCGGUGAAUCGACGGUCAGCGCCAUGGAACCCAAGACAGUGGACUUGUACGAAUUCCUGGUAGAGUCGGAACUGCAGCAGUACUACAAUUCGUUAAAAAAUGACCUCAAAAUCACCACAAUCGCUCACCUCAAGUACGCGACGGACGAGGAUCUACGCCAGGUUUGCGGCCUUUCGCGACCCGAGACGCGCCGGUUACGCAAGUACUACGAAAAGUACUAUCCCCAUGGGUACCUCAACAAGAUCAAACGGCUGCUGCAAACGCCGAAAAAGGACGAGGGAAGUGUCGGAAGUCCUACGACGAGCGUUGAACCGUUGAAGACGUGCCCGUCGCCGAGCAAGAUUCCGAACAACAAGCACAUCAUCCCGGCGGAUGCCAUCACAGUGAACAAGCAGCUUGGCACGGGCGAGUUUGGGAUCGUGCAGCAGGGCGUCUGGACCAACGGGACGGAACGGAUUCAGGUGGCGAUCAAGUGUUUGUGCCGGGAGCGGAUGCAGUCGAAUCCGAUGGAGUUUUUGAAGGAAGCCGGGAUUAUGCACUCGAUCGAGCAUGAGAAUAUUGUGCGGUUGUACGGGGUGGUGCUGGACACGGAAUCGCUGAUGUUGGUCACGGAGUUGGCCCAUUUGCGGUCGUUGCUGGAGUGCCUGAAAGAUCCGGGCCUGCGGGUUAGCUUUUUGACGGUGCCGACGCUGUGCGAGUUUGCGGCGCAGAUUUGCAAUGGGAUGAUGUAUUUGGAAAGCAAUCGACUGAUUCAUAGAGACUUGGCAGCUAGAAAUAUCCUAGUGUUUAGUAAGAACAAGGUGAAAAUUUCCGACUUUGGUCUGUCGCGAGCACUCGGAGUUGGGAAGGAUUACUACCAGACUAACUUUAACAUCAAUCUGAAGCUUCCAAUCGCGUGGUGCGCACCGGAGUGCAUCAACUUCCUUAGGUUUACGAACGCCUCGGACGUGUGGGCGUACGGAGUUUGUCUGUGGGAGAUAUUCUCGUACGGGUUCCAACCGUGGGCAGCCCUGACCGGCCAUCAGAUUCUCGAAGCCAUCGAUGAACCAAACUACCAGCGGCUGGAAAAGCCCGAAUGCUGCCCGAAGGAGUAUUACUCACUGAUGGUCAAGUGCUGGCUGCAUGACGCGACCAAGCGGCCCAAGUUCACCGAAAUCUACCAACUGCUGCCGGACAUGAAGCCGGAGCAGCUCAAAACCAUCGUAUCUUUCAGUGAGCCCAAAAAGGAUCACCUUCUCUACCGGCAGGGUGAAAUCAUUACCGUGCUGGACAAGAGCUCCAACUCCCCGUACUGGAAGGGCGUCCUGAACUCGGGCAAAACGGGCCUGUUCAACCCGGCCAACACCGUUGCCUAUCUGGACAGUCUGCCGUCGUCGGUGAAUCGCGACAGCUUCAGCAGAACCUCGGAACGCACGAGCAAGCGCAAGAUCCGCACCGACAUGAUUUCCCGACCGCAGAACGACCUCAAACACACGGGCCACGUGGGCAUCGAUGGGGCGUACUUUGGCGACGUGGCCUUCCUCGCGAGUCCCCAGAAUCUCCCCCGCCAGAUCGUAACGCCGUACAAGCCUUCGGAAGAUCUGGAGCAGACGCCGCUGCUGCUGCCGCCGACGCCAACCAGCCCGGACUCGAUCCAAACCGCCAGCGGGUACUUUUCCGACACGCUCCAAACCGGCCACCAAAACUUUGUGAACGCCGGUGAAGCGCACGAUCGGUCCACGGUGGACAGCGGGUUGGCCAGUGCGUUCGACUUCCGCAACAGUGGCUUCAAGGACAGCAACCCGUUCAUCAACGUCGACGUCAACGGGGACGGCCAAAACAACACCCACGUCAAGGUAAGAACUUCCAAUUUUAGGGUGAGAAGAUCGUCAAACGUAAUUUCUUGCCAGGAGUCCAAACCCGGCGACGGCCACGAACCGCACGAGUACCACGAAAUCUCCGACGAUGACAUCCCCACGGAGAAGGUGUUCGGCGGGACGUCCCUGCUGGACGAGAUGGAGAACCUUUUCAAGAGCUUUGCGAGCGCCUCGGAGAACCCGCAGCUGCAGCAAAUUCAGAGUAUGCAUCAGCCGCCGCUCUCGCCGGAUGUGGAAAACACCAACAAGCGGAACGAACUGACGGAGCAGCUGUCGUCGCGGUUGAACCGGAAGAACAGCUCCAGCUCGGGGACGGUCAGCAGCAGCAAGGGAGGUACCAAAUCCAGCAAGAAGAAAACCAGCACCGUCAAGCCGAUCUCCGUGAAGGACGAACGACUGCUCAACCAAGCCAUCGAGAUUGCAAACGAAAUCAGUGCAAAAUCCAUGACGGACCUGGUGUCGGACUCGAGCCAGCAAACGUCCAGCCCGAAGCGCAAGUUUAGCUUCCGCUUUCCGCACAUUCACGGCGGCCAUCACCACGGUUCUGGUUCUGGUGGUGGUGGCGGCGCCGGAAGUGGUGGCAGCUCCGGCAGCGGUGGAGUUCCGCUAAAGUCCGAUCAGCACGGUUCGAUGGGGUCGGGAAGUGGUAGUGGAGGGGUGCUUGGGGGAAGCGGAGGAGGAGGUGGUGGGGGUGGCCCCAGCGGAUCUGGCAGUGGAAGUCGGGGCUCGGGGUCCGACAAGGAUCACUUGGCUUCCGGGUCGGGGUCCUCGUCAGGGCAUCACCACCAUCACCACGGAACGGGGACGCUUUCGAGUGCGUACCGCGAGCGGAGGAACUUCUCCGAGGAGGCGAAGAAUGUGCCGGAUUUGCAUCGCUAUCGAUCGUUGACCGGGAUCGAAAGCUACCGGGGCAACGAUAGCAUCCGGAUUCCGCUGUUUGACAAGGAAUCCUCGGACUUUUGCUUCGAGAAGAGCCGCGAGCUGUUGUCGCGCCCGUUCGGGUUGGACAUUUCGGCGGCGGCUCAGACGCUCGAUGGGCGGCACUUUGACAAGAAGACGCGGGACUUGAUCGGGGAGAACCUGCUGGACAUUGAGAAGACGCUGAACGCGCUGAAUCUGGACUUUCUGCAGACGUACCAGGAGCUGGAAAAGGCGGACUCGGCGGAGACGCUGUUUGGCGAUGGGUUUGGAAAUACGCCGUUCCGGAAGAGUCCACCGGCGAGUUCGUUGGCACGGGGAGGAUCACUGGAGGGGAAGGGUGGGAAAUUGGGAUCGACGUCGGUGUUCAGCAGCGAGAAGGGCAGUGGAAGUGGAGGAUCGUCGGUCACCGGGAAGAGUCCGCCGACGAAGAAGCAGUUCGAGAUGAAUUUGUACUCGGAGUUGAAUGGAAGCGAGAGUAGGGUGCGAUCGCCCAAGGGCAUUCCGAUUAGGGACUUUAAGUUUCGCCAGACGAUCGAUCCGCGGUGUAAGGAUCGCGCGGAUUAUUACAACAUGAAGAACGAAUAUCUGUCGGAUUUGACGCGCAAACAGCAAAGCCAGGUGCUGGCCUCGUCGCCGGUGAAAAAGACUGCCAACUCAAGCAAUCAGUCGAUCAACCAGCUGUACCAGAUCUACAACACUCCGAUGACGGCUAGGAAGUUUGACGAUAGUACGGUGUCGAUCAUGGCUUCGGCCUGCCAGCAGCGUCAGCGAUCACUGUCCUUUACCGAAAACUACGAACUCAAAUCGCCUUCCUGCGCGAUCGACGCAAAGCUGCUUUCGAUGUGCCAGUCGGUAACGUCCGCGAUCAAGUCGGUUCCGUUGAUACCAGCGAUACCGCCUCCUCCGCCGCCCGCAAUCGGCAAGUCCCGCAAGAUGAUCUCGUACAAACCCAAAAGCAUCCGCGCUCGAAACCUGCGCCGGCUCAGCUACAACCCGAUCAGCAUGAUCACCUCGUCCUCGUCGAGUAGCGAAAGUGAACAUGAUCCUCGCCAGCUGGCCCACUCGGAGUGCGACAUCCGGUCCAAGCUCAGCGCGCGACGCCGACGUUACAUGCAACGACGCUCCAACAGCAACAGCGCCAGCAGCCAGGACAAACUGUACGGCUCGAACGCCAGCAUCAAGUCUGCCCCGCAGUACAACUACAACAGCGAUCGACAGCAGCAACAGUUCUACAACAACUACCCGUACCACUACACAGACUACGCCGACCGAGACGAUGACGACGACGACGACGACGAUGACCGACCCCCGAAUCCCGUCGUCCCCCCUCCCCUCCCCUCCACCGUCCCCGACACCAUCUACGACUUCGUCGUCCCACCUCCCCCUCCGGCCAAGUACGCCAACGAUCCGACGCCAACGCCGCCACCCCCGGCCAAGUACGCCAACAAACUGUACUCGACGGCCGCGGCCGAGUUUGACGUGUCCAAGCUAACCGGCAAGAGUCCAACCACCCAGAGCUACUUUGCCCAGCAACCGCCGUCGGCGGCCACCACCGCCAUAGUCCCGGAACCGAUACCCCAACCCGGCUUCCAGUGGCCGGAAAAGAUCCACGGGGCGCUCGUCAAGCACAACGACAUGCUGUGGCAGCGGCAGAAGCAGCUCUUCGGUGGUAGUGCCACUGUCGGGGGAACAACGGCCGGAAGUGGUGGCGUUGGUGGCGGAGGCGGUGGAAUCUCCAGCGAUACCUCCUCGACCGAGACGGACUCGAUCGACUUUCGGCGGGAGCUGGGCUCGGCGCUGAUGCCGCCCAGUCCGGCGCCCACGAUCACGGAAGAGAACCAGAAAGCGUACAACAGCCUGGUGCAGAACCCGCACGGCGUGGUUGGUGUCUUCAGCAACGAGCUGAAAUGUUUCACCGCGUCGACGCUGCCACGAUCGCGGUUCAGUGCGGCGGCCUCGGUUUCGUCCGGGACGGGCAGUUUCCGGUUCAAGGAGAUCGACUUGACAUCUCCGCCGUCACAUCCGGCGCCGAAAUCACCUAGCGGGGACGCGAACCCGUCGAUGACGUUGGGUGGUGGGGGCGAUGAGUCGAACCCGCUGCGGAUGCUGAGGAGUAAGAACUUUCCGGUGGUGCGACCUCGGCUGAAGAUCCAAACUCAGUGUAGCGUCGAGGACGGGGGAUCCUCGCUGGAGGACAAGGACGGACCGUGCGAGAGUCCCAGCUAUCUGACGAAUCCGGAGUACACGUACAACAAUGCGGCAGUGGGAGGUGGCGGGGAAGCUGAUGGGGAGUCGGGAGGGUCGGCCAACCCGAUCCCGUUGCCACCGCGCGAUCGCAACAAGGUGAUCGCGGCGAACCCGAAGCGACACGUACGCAAACAUCCCCUGAUCAUACCAGCGUCAGGACUGCAGCGAACGCUCAGCAAGGUCACCCAGAUCACACCGAUCGAGGAAAAGACCGACAUCUUCACCGUGCCAAACGACGACUCCGUCAAUCUGGACUCGAACAACGACCUGCAAAAGUCAUCGUCCGAUUCUUCAAAACUCAACGAAAUUGGUCACUCGUACGUGAACAACGCCGCCAGCAGUUUCGUCCCUCAGAAGACCUACAACAAGGACUUUGUCGAAAACAAUUUCCCCAAGGUUCAACCGUUGACCACCCUUCCGGCCACGAUCCCAUCAACGAGCACUAUCCUCACCCGUCGACGUAACGAGAAAGACGCUGCCGCCAAUCGGCAAUCACUCCCGCGAGACCCAACCUACGAAAACCUGGACAUCUAUCAAACCACCCUGAACAACGUGGACACCGCCUCUCUGCACUGCGAAUCGAUCCUCGAGGGAGAUUCCGACAAAGUCGCCGACCUGGCCUCCCCGACUUCCUCGAUCGACGUCGUCGACAGCUUCACCAGCGCCCUGUACGACAUCGAGGCCGCCUCAACGACCAAGGCAACCAAACUCGUCGAAGACAUCCUGCGGAACGUCGACCUCGAGGACACCAAAACGAUCGAGAAGAACCUGCUGCGAUCGCCACCACCCCCUGCCGGGCCCGCCCCAACCCUGAGCGCUGCCAUCGUCGAGUCCCUGUCCUCGUCUUCAUCGCGUCCAGCACCUCCGCCACCGCCGGUGAUCGUUGCGACAAGCCCGCUGACCCCCACGCUAGGCCAUGACGAACCGGACGGAGGAGCUAGCGGUGGCCCGCCGUCAACGCCCGGCUCCGUGGUAGAAGCCGGCGAGCUUAAAAAGUCCAUCAACUACGUUAGCUGCGAAGAUCUGCUCGAGUUUGCCGAGAAGCCGAAGGGGCGGGCUCGCGGACUGGAGUCGGACGAGGUGCGGAUCAUGUCGAAGGUGCUCGGCAAGAACACCCAACCGGAGCAGUGCCUGGUGACGCUCGACUUUAUCGAGUGGGACAUCCACAAGGCGAUCAAGCUGUGCAAGCUGCAGAACAUCCUGGCUAGCUUCAACCUGUCGCUGCAGGAGUGCCGCGAGGCGCUACAGUCCUACGAUUGGGAUCUGCACACGACCGCCCUCAAGCUGAAGGCUCACCAUUGAAGAGGGGAAGGGGAGCCAGUCGUAAGUCGAAAGUAUUACAUUUUAAACUCACCUGCAGAUGCCUUACACCGUGUUGUCGAACAAAUUAAGUUUAUCGAAAGAAGUAAAAAAGUAUUCUCAACAAAUGAUCAAAAUCUGAGACACAAUUCUUCCAGUGCAGCUAAACUGUCGCGAACAAAUCGAAUGUUUUUUGCCAAAAUAGUUAAGAGUCAAUUAUACACUGACAUUAUUUUUAUUGAAUAUAAAUGUUUCUUUUAAUUGUA